AUGCAGUCUUUUGCGAAAUCGAUGGUGCUGUUUAACGAUGCGGACGGCGCUAAAGAAGCGCUUGUCUCAGGUGGGUCACCUACUAGUUACCUUUCACCAAGUUCUAUUAGCAACGAGUCAAAUCAAGGACAAUCUGUCAGAGACAGUAUCUUCACACAGCAGCUGUCAUCUGAAAGGUUCAGUGGAAACUCAUAUUCUUCUGGGCCAUCUUCUAUUUGCGCUGAAAGAAGUCCCGCUGUGGAUGGAAUUGCAGGAACUGGCAGUGUUACCCCACUGUCGAGCACCAAAAACGAUAGCCCUAAUAAUCUAGGAAUGGGUAUUGGCACUGGUACCCCAGAUGCUGAAUCGCACCAAGGCUCUAGCGCCACUUCAACGUUGGCUUCACAACCAGCGAGCUCUAAUUCGAAUGGAAAGACUGUUAAGCGGAAGUACUCGAGAAACGGGUGCACUGAGUGCAAGAGGCGACGCAUGAAAUGCGAUGAAGGCAAACCGACUUGUUGGCAGUGUGCACGAUUGAAUCGCGAGUGUGUGUACAUUAUUCGAACAAAGAACCGCAAACGAAGACCCAAGAGCACAGAAGCCUCAAAGGAAAGCGCCCAGGCGGACGCCCUUGUUCGGGAGUCGAAUGCCCCCGGCCUUACAACAAAUCCGUCAGGAGGAUCGCCUUUCUCUAAUACUAGCACCGACCUGCAUUCUACUUUGCAUAAUCCUCUGAAUACUAGUUUACCAGUUGAAAAUCUCUCCUCGUCCAUGCCUGAGCUGCCAACUGUCAUACCAACAAAUAAUGUUAAUGCGUAUGACGCGAACCUCCUGAUUCGCAAUUUGAAUGACAUUGUGAAUAUGAAGCUGAAUGACUCAAUGAUUCACGAUGACUUAAAAAGCAUGGACUUCUCUGAUCUCGAUUUCCCAGAUCUAACCGCGAUUCCACAACAAAGCACAUAUGCGGCAGUACCAAUAUCUUUUCUUGUUGACAGCGUCAUGACUUUCAACAUGAGUUUAGAUUCUUUUAAGCUUGGUGCUACUCACGACAAGUUUCUGGAAGUGUUCUAUUACGAUUGUUUGGAUUCUGUUGCGCCGUUUUUUCAAAAUCAAGGUAACCCGCUUCGAGACAUAUUGCUUUCCUUCGCUAGAGGAGAAUCUUACCUUCUAUCGGCUAUUCUCGCAGUUGGCGCUUCCAUCUCUCAUAGAAAGUCUAAUAACGUUGAAGAUGAAAAAAGCUAUUGCGCCUACCUCUCGCAUUGUCUCGGGCUUUUGACGGAACAGUUCAAAGAAGAAAGCAACGUUUUCAAUAAAAUCGAGCCUAUUAUUCUAACGGUGUUAAUGUUGACUUGGGAUUGUAUCUAUACUAUGAACAGCCAGUGGCGGUCACAUCUUAAGGGGGUUACAGAGCUUUUCAAGAAGAUUAAUUCAGGAAGCUCUUCCAAAGUCCUGAAUGUUGCCAAAUGCUGGUUCAAAGUUAUCGAAACAUUCGCAAGUAUCAGCACAGUACUUGGAGGUGCAUUGGUCGAUGAAACUGAUUUGGACGUCAUCUUCGACCCUUAUGAUUACCAGUACAUUGACUCUUUAAAGUUCCUAAACAUCAUGACGCCUUUGAAUGAGUUUAACCUACUAAGGGGGCAUAAGGAAGACUUCGACUUGGUAAUAAAAGAGGUUUUCAAGGCCCUAAAUGUUAUCCGGCACUCGGAAAAGAAGUAUUUUUCAGAGCAGGAGGGGAUCUUUGAUAAGAACUUGGACUAUCUGCUGUGGUCAAACCCUAAUACGGAUACAUUCAAGCAACAGCUGUCAUAUUUCAAGAUUCAAAAAAUUCUUGUCGAGAUCGAUAGGCAGUCAGAAUAUGUUUUUAUUGACAAAAGUGGGGUCAUUCCAACAACAAGUCCUUCACACCCAAAGAACAGCAAGAUCAUGGAUAACGCUAUUGAUUUGGUUAAAUUACACAGUGGAGAAGAAAUCGCAAUAAGCUGGUAUGACAUUUCUCAUCAGACGCAAGUGCUGUCCUUCUUGUUAAUUGUUCUUCUCAAGCUGCUUGGGAUUCCAAAAGAGUCUAUUGCUAUCCAACAGGUCGUUCAAAAGAUAACAAGCUUCUUUGGCUUUCUUGACAGUGAAAAUCCUCCUCAGAAUUUGCGAACGUGUUAUUGUAAUUUUGCGAUCUUGAUUGCUGGUCUGAAUGCUAUAGAUGAAAACACAAGAAAAGUCAUAAAAAGUUAUUACAAGCUAAAUGGUGGUCGAUUCCAAAGGCUGACGGAACAUAACUUGAAUAGGUUGGAGAAAGUGUGGUACGGAAAUGAGAAAACCUACAAGCUAGAAGACCAAGACGUUUUGACGUGGUAG